AUGGAUAUAUUAAAAUUGAGUUAUGAUUCUUUGCCAGCACAUCUUAAAGCAUGUUUUGCUUAUUUUUCUGUCUUCGCUGAGGAUGAAAACAUAAACUGUGAAUAUCUGGUAAACCUAUGGAUAGGUGAGGGUUUCAUUCCAGCAGGAGAGCAGCAGUGGGAUAUGGCCUGGGAUUGGUUGGAUCAACUUGCACAGCUCUGUCUGCUUCAACUAUGGGAAAAUAAAGAAUAUAAUCUUAAUGAUGAACCAAGGUUAAUCAAAUAUUGUAACAUUCAUGAUUUAUCGCAUGAUUUGUCCAUACACAUAUCCAGAGAAAAUAAAUGUAUUUUUUCUGUUGAGGAAGUCUCUACGCAUACAAGUGGUGUCUCUGGCUGGUGUCGGAUUUUACUAGCCAAGAAAGAUAUGAAAGAUAAUGCCAUCUCCUCCAUCUCACACAGCUGUCCUGUUUAUCUCCGUACAUUGUCACUAACUAAGAAUAUGGAGAUUACAAGCAUUCCAGCAAACUUGUUCACCGCUAUGAGAGGACUUCGCAUCUUGGAUUUGAGCUUCACAAGCAUUUCUACAUUGCCUUCGUCCAUUGGAAAAAUGAUACUGCUUAAGGUCUUGAAUUUAAGGCGUACAAAGAUAAAGGAGCUUUUAGAAUGCGAGUGUAUUAUUCGCAUGCCGACGGGAAUAUCAAAGUUGGCCUCUUUGAGAACGCUGAGAUCAAGAUGGUUGGACCUGUCCAAUAAAGUAGACGAGUUCAUGACGUUAGAGGAUUUGGCCAAUAUGACUCAGCUUCAGGAACUAUGGUUAAACAUUAAUCAUGAGAUGGAGUUGAGGAGGAUGGAAGAAGGGAUACUUGUGCAGUUGACCAAAAUGCGUCAUCUCAGAAUCUCAUUGAAUAUGACAGGGCAAUUUCCCCAAUUUCCAGAGCAAACGAGGGCAAUGAGAGAUCUGGAAAGUCUUACAUUGUACAGAUCUCCUCAUUUUUUGUGUAUGACAUGCAUAUAUCGUAUUGGUAUUGUUCACGUCAAUUUUGAUUUGCUAAAUUAA